AUGCCACCGGAGCUUUCCUCAACCACCAAGACUCGCCUUAGCUCACUAGCUCCACUCGGACGUAUAGCUCGCCAUUCCUUGGAGCUUAUCAAUGGAGGAACACCACUCAAGGAAGAAGAAAAGUAUUCGGUAAAAAGUAUCCAGGGAGCUCCUCUGGGUUAUCUAAUAUUUUUUGCUGUACCUUUUAUUUUGAAAUCAAUUAACUGGUCAUGGUCGUGGUCAAAUUCGGUUCUGCAAGAACUGCUGAAAUUAUACAAUGGAGAGCUACCAUCAAUGAAUUAUGCUGCAAAUACUGGAAAGAGGUCUAGGUUUCUUGAGAGAUGCGUGUCAAAUGGAAAAUGUUCUACAUUGAUUCUGAAGUAUAAGUCCAGUGAAGGCUUUGACUUUGAGCAGGUUAUAGCUGCAAUUACUUAUCAAAUCAUCCCUGCUGACGCACAAUUGGCCAAGAUCCCUCUUGCCGCUGUUAGUUCAAUCUACCAGAAUAAGGGUAUCGGUCAGUUUUUGUAUAUGGAAUUGAAGAAGAGACUUCGGAGUGUUGGUAUCCGGACCAUAUUUUGUUGGGGUGACAAGGAAUCUGAAGGUUUUUGGCUUAAACAGGGCUUUAUAUCAAUAACAGAAGUGGAUGAAAGGGGUAGAGCUUGUCGGCUUCCUAUUAGAGAUUUUAUACGCAAAGCCCUAUGCUUUCCUGGUGGUUCAACCCUUAUGGUUUGUCAUCUUAAUAAGGAUACGUCAGUUGCAGGAGAAAAUGUAAGGUACUGUUUUCCACUUAACCCUUGCCAGAGGUCUCAAUCACCAACCGCUGACGGAUCUGUAGGUGAGAAGGGAGCCAAUAUUGCUGCCAAACAGUGUUCUUGUGCUUCACAGAGAACAAAGAGGAAGGUUUGGGAAGCUUCAUUGUCAUCUUUGAAGACACAAAAAUUGAAGGGAACUCAUCAAAUUGACAGUCAUCAAAAUGGCUAUAUAUCAUCCAUGGCAGUUACUCCUGGGAUUUCUUUGGUUAAUAAUUGCAUGGUAAAUAAAGCUCAAGAAGGUAAAUCACGUUCUAUGACUCCAGAAGCACUGACAACUGAAGAAUUUCAGCCACAUAGAGAAUGCUUUAGAAUUAUGUUGAUGAAUAUUGCUGAUGAUUCAAAGAAAGCAAACCUUAUAAAGGUAAUUGAAAACCUUGGUGGCUCCCCUGCCCUUGAUGGAAGCAUAAGCACACAUGUUGUCACUGGAAAAGUGAGAAAAACACUGAAUUUCUGUACUGCUCUCUGUUCAGGGGCUUGGAUAGUUUCACCGAGUUGGUUAAAAGAAAGCUCUAGGCAAGGAAAAUUUGUGGAUGAGUUGCCUUAUAUAAUACACGAUGAAGAUUACGCGUUGAAAUACAGAACCGAGCUAAAAGAUUGUGUUAUUCGGGCAAAAGCAAGGCCUGGAGCUAUGCUUAAAGGAUAUAACUUGUGCAUUGCAGCUCAUGUUCAACCCCCUGUCAGGACUCUUUCUGCCAUCAUCAAGUCAGCAGGUGGAAAUAUUAUUGGUGGACUGGACAAAGUAAGUGAAGCAUGGAAAAAAAUCUUCAUUGCCUGUGAAGAAGACAUGGAGGAAGCACUGUCAGCUCAAAAGAGAGGGAUACGAGCUUUCAACAGCGAGUGGUUGAUGAACUGUGUGAUGAGACAAAAGCUAGACUUGGAAGCUACCCAAUUUGCAGAGUCCUUGUAGGGAUAUUUGGUAAAUUAAGGUACAACUUGUGUUUUCAUUGUCCCCAAUGACUUUCCUUUUACAUACAUGGGAGGGCAUUGCAGUUUUUAGGAUAACUUUUUUUUUAUUUUCAUUUGUAAAUUUAUAGUACGAAGAAGAAU